AUGACGUCAGCUACGCCCUCCACGGAAGUGGACGUCGUCAACUACAGCUCCACCGCGAGGGACGCCAAGGAGUGGCGAAGGCUGGCGGUCCUCACCUCCCUCGCCAUCGUCGUCGUGGCUGCCUUCACCCUGAUCGCCUACGCCCUGCCCGCGCCCAGACUCGUGCGCCUUGUCACGAGGUGGUGCGACACGGACGAUUGCCGUCACCACGCGGCGUUGCUGAUGGGCGGCCUGAACCGUAGCAUCGACCCGUGCCACGACUUCGAGGCGUACGCGUGCUCCGCGUGGACGCCGGACGCCCGGUUUCCUGUCCUUUCCAACGCGCUCGACGACGUCGCCAUAGCCUGGCUGACAAGACUCGGGGAGCUGCUCGACAGAGGCGCGAAGGAAAUACCGGCGGCGAGGAAGCCUCGGGCUCUGUUCACAGCAUGCGUCGCCUCGGCCGCCGGUCAAACGAGUGCGGAAGACAGGCAACGGUUCCGGAAGUUCCUCCAGGAACUGAGGCUGUCCUGGCCGGAGACGCCGGCGAGCAACGUGACGGCGCGCAGCGUUUUGGUCGACCUCUCGCUGCACUGGGACGUGUCCCUGUGGUUCCACAUUCGGGUGACGCGGCACCCGUUCGCCACCGGCGCUCGCCGAAUUGUGUUCCUGCCCGGCAGGAAGAGUGACGUGCGCUUGUUCGUCGGCAACCAUGCGCGCGUUAUGGCGACCGGCAGUUACGGAAGGCACUGGAAAAUGGUCUACACGUUUCUGACGGGCCUCCAGCCGGGACCCGACGUCGGUGGGGCCAUAAAGAGAAGCGCCCAAGUUCAGGGACACGCUGUAGCAGUUCUCCGCGAGAUUGCAACGUUCCGGUCGCACUCCGCUACAUCUCUGUUACGCCUUUCGGACAAGCUGGGAGAGCUCGAGUUCGGCCCCUGGCUAGCAGCGCUACGCGAGCACCUACGGCCGUACGCGCCGCUGACGCCCAAUGACGACGUUCUCGUGACGGACGCCCACCUGCGCGCUGUCGCCGACUUCCUCGACUCCACGGGCAACGCGGACGCCCUGUCGCACAUCUCCUGGCAUUUCGCGCAGACCUACUACGUGCUCCUGUUCGACAGCACGCUCCUCUCGGACGACAUAAGGGACGACGCGCACGCGGACGCGUCGUCCCGCCUGGCGACGCUGUGCGCCAUGGAGGUCGACGCCGUCUACAGCCACCUGGUGGCCGCGCUCCACGUUCGGAUCCGGCUUUCCUCUAGCGCGCGCGCUGACUUCGUCCUUCGCACGGUGACGCGGAAGGCCGCCGCACUCGCGAGCGACACGUCCUGGUUGGACCCGGAUGCGAGACAGUUCCUAGCACUCAAGCUGGAGUCGGCGUCUGUGCGUCUCUGGUCCCCGGCACUAGCGGCUGGGACGACGGCCGACUCCUUCGAUGAGGCCGACGCGUUCGAAAAGCUUUACGCGUCCUGCCCGGAGAGUGAGGCGAGCGUCGUUAGCUUCUGGAUCAAAGCUCGCUACUGCCUGCGCGAACGACUGAUGGCGGUGGGUCGACGCCGAUACGACGCGGAGGCGCUGCUACCGAACUUGACGCCCCGCCUCGCCGACUACACGCCGCAGCUGAACGUCGUCGACGUCUCCAUCGCGGCGCUGGCGGCUCCUCUCUACUACAGCCGAGGGACCCUGGGCAUGCUCUACGGCGGCCUCGGCUUUCUGUACUCGCUCGCGCUGACGAGUGCGCUGGACGAGGCCUACCAGUACGUGCACCCCAACGGAAGCGUGAGCGAAUCGGGGUCUUGGAUUUCACGGAACGCCACGGAGGCGCUCGAGCUGAAGCAGCAGUGUGUGGAGAGCCCGGGUCACGCGACGAAGUGGGUCCGAGGCACCGACAUUGCGGCCGUAGAGCUGGCAUACGCGGUCUUUCUCGAGCAGUUGCUGAAGAGCUACCAGUCGAACUUGACUGCUGAGCUCGACGACGAGAAAGUCUUUUUCAUGACUCUUUGCCGCACGACUUGCUCUAAGAAAGGCGACAAGGUGACACCAUGGCCCAUGGUAAACUGUAACGAACUCGUGGCCAACUUUCAAGGAUUCUCGGACGUGUUUAAUUGCCGCAAGCCUUCGCCAAUGAUUAUGGAAAAUAAGUGCAGGUUCUUUGGAUCGGCGUAG